GUUAUAACUACGUGUGGUGGUAUUAUACUGGAUUCACACGAGAGUUUUGCUUUAUUACGUUGCACACGGCGAUAUAUUUAUUUAUUUAACUUGCUUAGCUACAUUUUCUAAAGUCCGAGUUCAGUUGAUACGGGCCAUCGGCGUGCUGAGAUGUGUAGAGUUUUUGGUAUAGUUUUUUUACUUUGUUGUCUCGUAUGUUUUGCAUUCGGAGAUGUAGAAAUGCAAGAUAAUUUAAUAAUUCAGUUACCAUAUGGAAAACUAAAAGGAAAGGAUAAUGGUUUCUACUAUAGCUACGAAUCGAUACCAUACGCUGAACCACCUGUGGGUGAAUUACGUUUUGAGUCACCGAAAAAGUACGAACGAAAAUGGACAGAAGUUUUUGAUGCCACUAAAGCUCCAGUUAAAUGCAUGCAAUGGGAUCAAUAUCAGAAUGGAGACAAUAAAUUAGCAGGCGAAGAAGAUUGUCUUACAAUCAAUAUAUACAAAUCGAAACUAAAUCAAACAGAAACUGAUAGAGCAGAACGUUCUUUACCUGUUAUUAUAUUAAUACAUGGUGGUGCUUUCAUGUUUGGUUCAUUAGCAGCUAACAAUCAUGAACGUUUUAUGCAACAAAGUCAAACUAUUGUUGUUAAAAUGACGUACAGAUUAGGGCCGUUGGGUUUUCUAAGUACAGAAGAUACAACAUUGUCUGGAAAUUAUGGAUUAAAAGAUCAAUUAUUAGCCUUGAAAUGGAUUAAAGAAAAUAUUGUUCAUUUUGGUGGAGAUCCAGACCGUAUGAUAGCGGUAGGAUUUUCAGCCGGUGGAACAUCUGUUCAUUUGCAUAUGUUGCAAAAAGAUUUUAAAGACUAUGUGCAUGCGGCUGUUUCCUUUAGUGGUACAGCAUUGAAUCCAUGGGUAAUUACACAUAACCCCCGUAAGCGGGCAUUUGAAUUGGGUAAAGUUUUAAAUUGCACACGACUGGACAGUUCUGACGAUCUUAAGCAGUGCCUAAAAACCAAAUGCGCUGAAGAUAUUGUAACGGCUGUAAGACAUUUUUUGGUGUUUGGUUAUAAUCCAUUUACUACAUUCGGUCCAGUUAUCGAAAACUCAAAUGUGAGCGACAAUUUCUUGCAUGAAACGCCAGAAGAAAUAAUAAAAUCAGGAAAUUUUUCUCAAAUACCUUGGCUUUUAUCAUACACAGCUGAGGACGGUGGCUAUAAUGCUGCUGAACUUUUACAAAAUUCCGAAAAUGGUGAAGAAUUAAUUACAGUUUUAAAUGAACGAUGGUUAGAACUUGCGCCACAAAUUUUUUUUUACAAAGAUACCGUACACAACACAAAUGAAUAUUCUGAGUCACUAAAGGAAAAGUAUUUGAAAAAUGAAAAUUUUUCCGUAAAUACAUAUCAUAAAGUUCAGCAAAUGUACACAGAUAUUUUAUUUAAAAAUGGAGUCGAGCAGUCAAUUUAUUUACAUAAAAAAUAUGGAACUAGUGCUGUUUAUGCUUAUAUCUACGAUAACCCUGCUGAUGCAGGUAUUGGUCAGAGUUUGUCUAAGCGAAAUGAUAUUGAUUUCGGUACAGUCCACGGUGAUGAUUACUUUCUAAUAUUCCAUAAUCCAUCACGACCUAAGCAACUGCGUUCCGAUGAAGAAAUUAAUUCAAGAAAGUUUAUUAAAAUGUUAGAAGAUUUUGCUGUAAAAAGUAACCAACUAUCUUAUGGAGAGUGCGCUUUUGUUGACAAUGUUGAUAAAAGUAACCUACAACUUCUACUCAUAAAAAGAGAAACUUGCGUAAAUACAGAAGUUACAGAUUUUUAUAAAUAACUAUCUAAUGCUUAUAAAUAUUUUAAUUACAAAAAU